CUGCGGCUGGAUUGAAUCCUUCUAUAGAUAGAAAAGUUCUUAAGCAAAGACUGGAGAGGCCCCCGGUCGAGAUGUAGUAAGUAGGUCUCCGGGAGACUGAGGAGAAUGGGAGUGAGUGGGUUUAGGGUGGCAUGCUCCCCAGGGCCUUUUUUUGGUAGGUAGGGUUCUUCAAUAUAUGAUCUAGCAGUGUAAACCUGAAAUUUGUCAGAGUUGGCUUCGAUUGAGAUUAGAAAGCGUAACGAGACUAAAAGAGUAACCUCGUCAAUGCAGCGCACUGCGUUUCGAAAGAUCCGAGGGCCCAUAAGCCGGGUGUCAGGUACAAUUUUCAAUCUAACGUACGACUCCGCUUGCCCUCUCCAUUCCUUCGUUUUAGAGCGCAACUCUAGUUUCAGCUGAUUGCAGAACCAUAAACCUCGCUCGCUCUAUCGAGACCAAGCCCAGCCUGUCUUUUUUUUCAAUACUGUUUUCUUGCAUAACAUAGGGGUUCCCGUAACGCUUAAGAUAGGAAUUGGGCCUCGACAGAAAGAUCCCAUCCGCCUUUGGGUGUGACUUCUUGUAGUCUGUCCAUUAUUUCGAGGAUUCUUCUUCUACCUUAAGGAGCGAAAGGGCACUCUCCUCCUUUCGUGUUCCUUGUUCUUGUCAAAGCUUUCUGUGGUGAUUAGGCGAAGGAACUAAGUAGCCGAUAGAGGAGAAGGAUCUUCGAGAUCUGCCCAAAACUUCAUUGCUGACUCAGCACACUCCUUUCCGUCGUUCUCUUUCUCACUCCUUUUUAGCAAAGCAUCAAUUAGCAAAGCAAAGAAAGCUGACGGUCCCUCGGCUACCCGUUACAGGUUCUGAACCCUUCUCUCCCUUGCUUUUGGGCGAUGAUUCGAUUCUUCUGGGCUUGCUUGUGGCCACUUAAGAAAGAGUUCUGCCUUCUAGCCAAGCCUUUGAGUUUGAGACCAAGUAAAGCUUCCCGGCAGUCAACCAAGAAAGACUCUUUCUCCCCUACUGAAGAAAUGGAAGUCAGAUCUUUUUCCAUACCAUAACGUAUAUAGAAUCGAUUUUCUUUUCUGAUCGCUAGCCUGCCGGGCCGCCCCCGCGAUCAAACUAUCAAUCUCAUAAGAGAAGAAAUCUCUAUGCCCCCUGUUCUUGGUUUUCUCCCAUGCUUUUGUUGGUCAACAACCAACCACAACUUUCUAUAGUUCUUCACUACUCCUAGAGGCUUGACGGAGUGAAGCUGUCUGGAGGGAAUCAUUUUGUUGAAAUCAAUUAAUCUAAUCAUGCCUCAACUGGAUAAAUUCACUUAUUUUUCACAAUUCUUCUGGUUAUGCCUUUUCUUCUUUACUUUCUAUAUUUUCAUAUGCAAUGAUGGAGAUGGAGUACUUGGGAUCAGCAGAAUUCUAAAACUACGGAACCAACUGCUUUCACACCGGGGGAAGACCAUCCAGAGCAAGGACCCCAACAGUUUGGAAGAUCUCUUGAGAAAAGGUUUUAGCACUGGUGUAUCCUAUAUGUAUGCUAGUUUAUUCGAAGUAUCCCAAUGGUGUAAGGCCGUCGACUUAUUGGGAAAAAGGAGGAAAAUCACUUUGAUCUCUUGUUUCGGAGAAAUAAGUGGCUCACGAGGAAUGGAAAGAAACAUAUUAUAUAAUAUAUCGAAGUCCUCUCCUUCAAAUACUGGAAGGUGGAUCACUUGUAGGAAUUGUAGGAAUGACAUAAUGCUAAUCCAUGUUGUACAUGGCCAAGGAAGCAUAAAAUGAUUCUUUCAUUCUAUAGAUACCUCUGGUAGGUAAAGCACUCUACUGUGCUUUAUUGAAAGUUCCCAUCGCGGGGGCGAGGAUACUUGCCUUCGCGGUUCGACUUUCUUUUCAGGCUUGACUCAUUAUUUUCCGGUCCUCUCACACCCCUUUAGAGCUCUUUAUGAUGCCCACUGAGUAAGAUUCGGGGGCUUCCCGGCGCAGAAGCUCAUUCUGAACCGCGGGAACCUUCGUCUCUUCGACACAAACGUUUUAUGAAGAGGCUGAUGGUGAUGAGGAUCCAUGCGCACUCAAAUAAAAGUAGCUUGCGUAUUGGGUUAUCCACGGUGUUAGGUGCUCCAUUGCACCCUCAUGUGGAGGGUAGGAUAAUUUGGACUCUUUUGGAGCACUAUACUCCGAAAGAUCCUAUCCUUCCUCCUCUUCUUUCAGUCGAGACUUCCUCCUAGUGAGGUGUUGCCUAUCCAGGUAUGGAAGUAUUCAAUGAAUACACUCUGUACCAUGGGUGGAUGAAGCUUUAUCUGGAGUAUCAAAGAUGGAAUUGUAUGCUAAGGCUUAGUGCCAGUAUAGAGCUUGAAGUCUUUAUGGAUGUGCCGAUCUUUAUCCGUACAUAUUACCGACCUGCGAACAUGGAUGAUUCGUUCAGGUACGGGAUAAUAUUUAGGAUGUACGAUUUGGCUGUCCAGUUACAGUGGGGCAAUGUCAUGAAAUUGCUACCAGUAACUAAGACUCAAGUGGA